AUGGUCGAGUUCGGCAGCUUUGUGGGCUACACUGCCACCCGCAUGGGACGGGCUGUGGAACUCUGCUACGAGAAGGGGUAUGCCGAUGGAUCCAUCCUCUUCGAAGACUCGCGGCUCCAGGGCGCCAAUCGCAUCACCUCCAUGGAGAUCGACCCCGUACAUGCGUGCAUUGCCAGACACGUGCUGGAUAUGAGUCGCCUUUCGCACAUUGUCGAGGUGUGGAUCGGUCAGGUGAAGGAUCUCAUCCCUCGGCUCAUUGAGGAGCAUGGGGAGAUGUCGUUGAACAUGGUCUUCAUGGAUCAGCGGGGGACCACCUUCCACGAUGACCUUUCGCAGCUGGAAGAGCUGAGCUUGAUGUUUCCCAACUGCCGCAUCGUGGCAGACAACUGUGUGAAGCCGGGCUCUCCUGUGUACUGCUGGCAUACCACGGUGAGCGAGCGGUACAAGACCACGAACUACAGCUUGAAUGAAUUUCUGGAAUCCACCAUCGAGGAUUGGCAGGUGGUCUGCGACUACUUGGGGCCCUUAGCGGGCGUCCCAGCUGCUGGGCGUCCCUCCCCGUGGGAGGCACCGAGGGGUCGGGAGUCUCAGUCCGAGCGGAGGACCGGGCGAAGGAACACUGGCUGUUCCUUCGGCUCAGCAUGUCUUUCAUCCGGACCUGAACCUUUCUUCGCUUGGCUGGAAGCGACCGGUGGGGAUUUUUCAUGCAGAGUUUCGUGGGAAGUGCCAUUUUGA